AUGCAGGCCCGUCUGUUUGCCCGCUCCACCGGUGAGCUCAGCCCGGAUGGCUUCGCGCGAGCCACGACGUCGGAGCUCGUCCGGUCUUUCGCCGCUGCCCCCAACCACCGAUUUGAUGGCGAGGGCGCCGAGCUGGAAGAAGAAGGCCGGUACGUGCAAAUCUGGGCUCACCGAGUCGGCGUUAAUGCCUUGGCUCUGGAUAAGUUCGAUGGCCGCCUCCUUCUUUCCGGCGGUGCCGAUGGUUCGGUGAAGUUGUGGGACCUUCACCAGGAGGGCAAUGCCCGAACAUCCCGCAUUCUCCAGCCCGUCGCCAGUGUUGCCCGCUCCGUUGGUGGCGAGACUAACGCCCACAAGCACGGCAUCACCCAUCUGGACUUUUACCCCUUUGACUCCGAGGCCUUUCUAUCUAGCUCGUUCGACCGCUCGCUCAAGCUAUGGUCUACUCAACGGAUGGUCGUAUCGGCCAGCUUUGACCUGAACGCCAACAUAUACACCCAUGCAACCAGUCCCAUCGCCAAUCACCUCCUGGUCGCCUGCGCAACCCAGCAUUCUUCUGUUCGCCUGGUAGACCUCAAGUCCGGAUCUGCCGUCCAAUCUCUUGUCGCCCACGGAGGUGCUGUUCUUUCCGCAGCUUGGAGCCCCCGUCACGAGCAUACCCUUGCCACCGGUCACGUUGAUGGAAGGGUGCGGGUCUGGGACCUCCGCCGCGCCGGAGGCUUGGUCGGGCAGCUCGAUCAAGAAGACAGCCUCGGUGUUAUUCACCGUUUUGACCACGCCAUGGCCUCUGGAUUAGACUGGAACCGCACCCCCCAUUUCCGCAGCUCAGCUCGUGCACAUAAUGAGGGUGUCAACGGCUUGACCUGGACUGACGACGGUAACUUCAUCAUAUCAGCCGGCCUGGAUCGUCGGAUCCGAGUAUGGGAUGCUGCUACUGGUGCGAACACGCUGGCCAGCUUCGGCUCCAUCAUACAGAACCGACAACCCAAGACUGUGAGUUUGUUUGUCACGCCCGCCCGGCUGACACCCACACGUCGGGAUCUCCUAUUUUACCCCAAUGAGCAAGAAAUACUGGUCAUGGACCUGCACGAAGGCACUCUCCUGUCCCGCUUGCGUGUGCCUGGGCCGUCCGGGGUGGCCGGAAGUCAGGGCAGCAGCGGCCUGAAUGUGAAGAACCGGACAAUGAGCAUGGUAUGGCGUGGCAGCGGUGGCCAUGGGCUUCAAAAGGGCACUGUGAUGGGAGGUGGAAGUUCCUUUGGUGCAGUAUACACGGCCCACCUGGACGGACAGAUACGUUCCUGGAUGCCUCAACUGCCUGGGGCCGAGGAUGAUGACGCAGCCCCUAAUCCACAAGAUGCGGAUGAAGAGGAAAAAGCACGCAAGCGCAAGGCCCUCGACGACGCUUUCAGGAGCUUGAUGCGAAGACAAGUCACAUUCAAUUGA